GCAGUAGUAGCAAUAUGCACUGUAGGAUACACACAGAUUAGAGGCGGGAGAGAAGAGGAGAAUGGUGGUCAGGAACAGAGGAUGUUGAGACAAGCACAUGUAGACCGAGCUGAGCGAAUGGAAGAGUAUUGUUGAAUGACACUAGCAGAUAGCGAUACACUCGUCGUUCAGGCUGUUAGCUAUUAUCGCAAACACCAAACCUUGUAACUUUAGCCUACAUUAGAAGAUCGUCAUGGGGAAGGUGUUAAUGUUCUGGACACUCGUACUGCUGCUCACUCUUGCAAUGUUGUGUGGUGAUCUCUGCCAUGCAAUGAUCGAGAAAGCAAAGGGUGGAGUCAGCAACGCCCAGCGCAAAGUCAGCAGCAUGUCCUUCUCGUACCAGGUGGAGAUCAUCCAAUCCCUUGGCAAGCAUCAACAAGCAUCGCCCGUCCCAAUAUUUAUCAGCGGUCCAGACGUUCAUGCCGGGGGCCACAUUGGAUUCCCUUCUGAACCAUUUCGAAACCUGACCUAUUUGCCCGCGGAUGUGAACGUGUGGGUCGACAAUAGGCCAUGGGAUGUGACAGAUACGCGCCUCUUUCGACAUGGCUCCGGCACGGAACACUUUAUGACACUCACCGAUAGCGAGAAGAAAGACCAAGCUCUAGUAUUCAACGUCACCAUCAGGAACAAAACGGCAUACUUCCAGAUAGUCUUUGGGAGUCUGGACUUCAAAAUGUUCGCAGUGCCUGGGCCGAAAAGGCGUUUUCACCUGGCGCGAAAGACAGCACUAGUUGGAGAAUCUGUGAUUGUAGAAGGAAUUCGCGUGGACGAUCCAUGGAUGCAGGAUAUGGUGAAGUUGGAAGUUUUUCACAACCUUGUGGACGUUACAGGCAGCAAGCGGCUCAAGACCCUGCCAAAUGGCGGCUUCUCUCUCGUGAAUGUGACGUGCUAUGAUUCCGGAAACUGGUUUGUCAGGGCGACACAUGCCAGCUCGCGUACAGGGUACACCCAAGUGAUUCAGCUCAUUGUGAAAUGUAAAAUUCGGUUGACGACACCGUCAUCUUCACCAGGACAGCCAGAAAGAACGCCAUACAGCACUAGAUCUGUUUACUCCUGCCGAGCAAUGUCAAACCCCGCUCCAUAUCUCUACUGGACCGUCAUGAUGCCAAACGGGUACGUUAACCGUUUCUCCACCAGCACACGCCUUGUGCAUCAUGACGACUUGGAACGGGAGGCGAUUCUGACUCUGCGGCCAGAGCAAAUGGAGAUGUUCAAUGGCGGCAUUCUUCAAUGCGUUGGAAUCAGAGGUCGUCGCAGGGAGCUCGUGGUACUCAAAACAACGCUUCUGGAAUUCUUGGACCGAACGACAACCCCGCUACUACCCGCUACGUUGCCAUGGAGAUCUCAGCUGCAUGUGACUUCCCAGACUGAUCGUGUUCACGUAGGAAACUCUGCGGAGAGAGGAGAUGAUCGCCGAGGAUACUUAACCCCGGAAUCGACACCACAGUUUGGCAGUCACUCUCCACCGAGUGAUCUUGAAACAGAGGUGACGCCUGACCUGACCUCGCCAGUGGACAACACACCGCCAUCAAGGAAACCAUCCACAUCGUUGAUUGCUCAAACAUCCGACCGCUCCACUGUCGUCCUUACCUCCAAUAACCGCAUCCAGCCCACCACCACCAGUAGGCCGAAGUCCACCACCAAAAGCCAUGCAUCCACCUCUGACAGUCAGUCAUCCUCGUCUACGACCACCAUCACCAGAACUAGCACUGUCGCCUCCUCUCCCACCAUCGUUACCACGGUGAUGUUGCCAGCUGACGCAACCAGCAAGCUACUCCCAACCUUUCCAAAGCAGAAUCCACAAACUACUGUCCAGACCCACAGUAUCAGUGGUACCACCAUUACCCGCACACCCACUGUGUCCACUUCACCACCACCACCAACCACUUUCCCGCCAGGUUCAGUUGUUGAAAUUGACUUGGCCACAUCAACAGCAUCGCUCAUGGACACUGCCAUUAGUCCUAACAUGCCAUCCACAGCUUUCGUGACCGAAGUCAGAGCUACAAACAAGCCACUUGAGACAAUUGUAACGACAUCAGCCCCAAUUCCAGCAGCUGCAACCCCAAAGAGACCAUCAUCAUCGAAAUUUUCUUCUCGACCAACAUCUACAGCCUCUCUCUCACAACCCACCAAAACAACUACCUCUCCCUCACAACCCACUACAGAAACUACCUUUUCGUCACAACCCACCACAACAACUACCUCUCCCUCACAACCCACCACAACAACUACCUCUCCCCCACAACCCACCAAAACAACUACCUCUCCCUCACAACCCACUACAGAAACUACCUUUUCGUCACAACCCACCACAACAACUACCUCUCCCUCACAACCCACCAAAACAACUACCUCUCCCUCACAACCCACUACAGAAACUACCUUUUCGUCACAACCCACCACAACAACUACCUCUCCCUCACAACCCACCACAACAACUACCUCUCCCCCACAACCCACCAAAACAACUACCUCUCCCUCACAACCCACUACAGAAACUACCUUUUCGUCACAACCCACCACAACAACUACCUCUCCCUCACAACCCACCACAACAACUACCUCUCCCCCACAACCCACCACAACAACUACCUCUCCCUCACAACCCAGUACAGUAACUACAGAAACCACCCGUGCACCUACUCUGAAUGGAAAAUCUGCAGUGCCAUCAUCUUUCCUUAUAAUGGUUUUGUCCACAAUGAGCCCCAUUAUUAACGCACAAACGAAACCUUUAACCGACAUAGGCCCUAAACACAAUGAGAGCACCCCAGAGCAGCAAUCUACAACCAGGAAUCCAACUUAUAAAACGAGCAGUACUAGUAUUAUCACAACAUCCAGAUCCAGUGUGAGCCAUCAACCCAACCAUAAUCUUACCCAUACAAGUGUUAGUCCUGCGACCGGCGCUACAACGCCUGGUGUGAGGACUUCCUUGAACACCCACUCUGGCACUGCCAUUCUAUCACAGACGGCACCUGGCCAGUCACGCCCGUUGCAUUCGACAACAGUUUCCACAACGCCCGCAGCCAGUGCGGACACCACUACGCGAAUUAAACCCGUACAUGUCAGUAGCAGUAGCAAACGUGAUGGCAGUGUACUCAGAGCUAACACCAAAGACACUGCCAGUCCAACCCAGUCUUCCGUCAGCCUAUCUGGACUAUACAAUAGCAAGGGCACUGAGUCCAAUUCACGCUCAACCCGAGCAGUGUGGGAGGACAUUGAUAGCUACGACAAGCCACCGACCGACCCAGAAUCUGAGAGCAAUGAGCCAAACGCAGUGCUGGAACCAGCCACGGCGAGCCACCCUGUGACCAGCUUUCUAUACCAUACCAGUGAAGUCACUAAUGCAUGGCGUACUACACUGAUAGAAACUUCACAUAUGUAUAUGACCGCGAUCAUUGACUGGGCAGCUGUUACGACUCCUGGAUUCGAGGAGGACACAGUGAACUCAACGACACCUCGCGAUUGGGUCCAGCUUCUGCUCCUAAUUGGCGUGAGCUUGAUAGUAUUCGUGGUCAUAGUGGGUAUAAUUGUAGUUAUAAGUUAUAAAGUACAUACCCGUCACAAAGCCAAUGCCUCCACUGACCAGAGCAGUUCAAACAGGGACAGAAAAAGCGAGGAGAGGAACUGCAAUGAAGGUGAUACACUACGGAACGAAACUGACUCCGAUGUGGAAACCAGCAGUACGCGGGCACCAGUGGAUUCCAAUAGUUUUAUCUUCCCUGAUCAACGUGAACCAGUCGACAUGCCGCCAGACCCUCUCGCACAAAACGGAGCACAGGUGGAUGCAGACCCGUACACCGUAAAUUUGAGCUUGCAGAACAUUGAUGGCGCAAGCGCCGAUACCCGGACUCUGCAAGCAUGCGCUAGCACAAUGGGACACAGAGAUCCUGCUACUGGAAGCAUUGCAUCACUGUCAAGAUUGGAGGAAACCACGCGAGCACAUCAGCGUGCCAAUGACCAGUGCAUGCAAGUACAGCAACGCAGUGCUCCACCAGUGUUCCGGGAUGAACCACCAGUCAGCCUGCCAUCCAGAGCUUGGACGCAAGGAGGAGGAAUCCUUCAGCGCAAUGAGCACCAGCGACAGCGCCAGCAGAUACACUCGUUUGACCAACUACAGCUAGGUACAGACGAGCAGCAGGCAGAAUCCCAGCAGCAGGCACAACCCCAGCAGCAGGCACAGUUUACCUACCCGGCGGGUUCGGAACAGAACGGCCCCCUUGGCAUGACAAGCUCAUAUCUAGAGCACAGUGGAGUCCCGAUCAACUCUGACCUAAAUCACAAUGGCGGUGAAGUUAUCGAAUCUUCUCCAGUCCUCGCUGUUCCACCCAGCGCAUCCUUGAGUGUGUAUUUAAACCAGUACACACAUUCACGUGUUCAACAACAGCCUGAGCAUACUACUCAUCAAGACCAGCAGUCACGACCAACAGUGCGGGUACUUCCCAUACAACCAGUAUCAUCACUCCAGACGCAUGAUUCUAUCUCGGGUGCAACCGGCAUCCAGGUGACGAAUGGCAGCAGGUAUAGCAGCCCACCACACGAGUACACCAGCGGAGCAUCACACGAGUACACCAGUGGAGCAUCACAGUUACCCACACAAAUCAGCUCCGCUGAGCACAGACCCGGACCUCAGAGUCUACAGAGCUACGGUGGUCAAUCACUACAGUACGAUUCGCUACACCUACCGCAAGUACCGCUGCCGUUGGCAACACCUUCGCCUCUGCCACCGCCGUCAAUGCCCCUGCCAUGUACACAACGCCAUCCAUCGGUGAGCAGCCAGGAAAGUGGAGAGCCACCGACCGGAUCGCCGAUUGAUGAAGCCGGUCCCCUGAGCAUGGAUAACUAACAGCCAUUCUACGCGUGGACGUUCUUCUUGCUCAGUCCCAGAAGAAGUAAUGCCUGGUGUGUGCAGAAUGAUAAUCUCCAACUUCUUCGCACCUGUCCCGGUUCCUCUUUAGAUCUUUCUCAAGUGUAUCUCCGUUUCCAUCGCACAAUCUGAACAUUUCGGAAUGAGGUAAAGAGAAAGUAGCAUCAAUAACCAUUCCUGCUUACC